GACGGGUGGCCGGCUUAGGGCGUGCAGCACGUAAAAGAAUUUCCUGCCCGUUCAAUCAAAAGAAAAGAGCCCCGUCCUCACCAGUGGUAUGAAAGGAGCUCUAUCGCCAGAUUUCUUUUUUGCGUUCUUCUCCUCCUCUCCUUCUUCCCCAUAGCUUCUUGUUCGCGCACUUCGAAACGGCCAUCGAAACCCAAAGCACACCUCUUCACCACCACCACCGACCAUCCCAGCUGUAGCACCGGGUUCGCAAUAAUUCACAAUGUGCGCUUGGCAUGAUGAGAGGAGCAGGAGGGCGAGAUCCCGCUCGAGGCCGCGAGCACGUCCUCAGACUGGCGUGCAGUAUGUCUCUGCGUAUCCACAGAGCUCCAACUACGCCCCAUCCGCCGAAUCCUCGUCCGACUACUCGUCGUCCGAUGACUUCAGAAACCCCCACAGCAUCCAUGUCCCCGCCAACCGCGGCGGCCGCAUGCGACUCCCUCGCGCCCCUGCCGCCCCGGGCUCCCCCAGCGGCCCCCCGUCGCUCGACUCAUCACUCGACAGUCCCUCGAGCAUGACCAGCUCGGGCAUGUACCGCGACUACACCACCAUUUCUCCGCAGCUCGCCGAGCCCGAGAUCUUUGAUCCCCAUUCCUACACCGGCGCCUAUGGCUAUGGCGCCCACCAGGACCGCUUCGCACCACCACCCCGCCCCGCCUCCGCCAUGAAGCGCAAGCCCGCACCCAUGACCGUCAACGUCCCUCCCCCACCGCCAAUGGCCAACAUCUCUCACGAGCCAAACUGCAUAAUCGCUGAACCCGACAGCCCAACAACUUCGCGGCGUGGCGGACCCAAGGCACGCAGCUAUCUUGACGCGGACGCACCCCAGGUGGAAGUGGUCGAAGUGCACUCCCAGCCGCCGCUUUCCCCCACAGGGCCAACCCAGGCCGACGCACACGCGCGCUCGUCUAUGGUGUACCAAUCCUACUACCCCCAACAACCCCCACCACAGCAGAUGAUGCACCGACACCCACACCAUCCCGGCGUCGAAGCACCAGAGGCGCAAUGGUUCGAAGACGAAGACGACCAGGAGGACUACGAGCCGAUCUACCGGCGGCCGCGUAACCAGGUCCGACACAUCCCCGUCGAGUCACGACCGCGCAGCCGGUCGCGGGCAAGGUCGAGAGGCGCGCCAUCGUCGCGGGGGGGCGGCAGCGUCGCGGGCUCUCAGAUCGAGAUUAUCGAGUACGAGCGACGGCACAGGCACAGACAUCGGUCGAGGUCGAGACACCAUAGACAUAGAUCGCGCGGUCCCGGCGAGGAGGAGAAGAAGAGGUCGGCGGAGCUUCAGGCGCAGAUCGAUGCGCUCACCACCAGGCUGAGCAAUAUCAUGGACGAUCCCUAUGCCCAGGAUAUCAUCGCGAGUGAGGGUAUCAAGUUUGAUGUUUUGUAUUCGGCGGCGAAAUAGGCUGUACUUUUUUGUAUUUCUUCUUCUGCUUCUUCUUCUUUUUCACCUUCGCCUUUGAAGUUUGUUUUUUUAGUUAGGUGUAUGGAGUCUUGUCGUCGCUGGGGGUUGGGGGUGGGGGGGUGUGUAUCAUACUUGUAUCGGAAAGCAACUGUCGAUGAAACAAAAAUUUAAGCUGUGUUCACUCGAAUCGAGUCCCGUCGCGGUGAUUGAUAGUAG